CUGAAAUGUUCCCAGGCACAGAAACAUAUAAGGACAUAAUUAAAAUAGCCUGUGGCAUCAGUGGUUUUGAACAACAUGAGGGUGAGUAAUUAUUGACAGAAUUUUUAUUUUUGGGUGAACUAACCCUUUUAAGAUUAGUGGCAUUUGAGCUUGACUGGCUUUGGGGUUGUGGAGUAUGACUGUGGCUCAUGUAUAUGUGGAAUGUAAUAGACCUUUUCUGGAAUUUUUAUGGGUUUAAUCCUGUUUUUGCUCUGCAGGCAUUAUGGUGUUUUCCGCUGCACUACACUCAUAGGAUAUUCUGGAAGAAUUCUGCCUGCAGGGAGUCUUUUGGGGUUUCUUUUGACUACAAUAGAGUAAUUAAAAGGAAGUGUCAUAGAGCGGCGACAAUUAUUGUGUCAUCAGCCUGCGUCAGAGUGCGAAGAUGGCGUCGGUGGAUUUAAGAGAAAAUUUGCUGGGCAUCUCGUGGGUGGACAGUGGCUGGGUGCCCAUCCUGAACCCCAGCAAUGUACUGGAGUAUUUCUCUGAGAGGAGCAACCCCUUCUAUGAUCGCACCUGCAACAACGAGGUGGUCAAAAUGCAGAGAUUAACCUUGGAUCACCUCAAUCAGAUGGUGGGUGUGGAAUAUAUUUUGCUUCAUGCUCAGGAGCCGAUUCUGUACAUCAUCAGAAAACAGCAGAGACAGUCACCAACACAAGUGAUCCCUCUUGCUGACUACUAUAUCAUAGCUGGAGUGGUGUAUCAAGCGCCUGACCUAGGAUCAGUCAUCAGUUCCAGAGUGCUCUCAGCAGUUCAUGGGAUUCAGUCUGCAUUUGAUGAGGCAAUGUCUUUCUGCAGAUACCACCCAUCCAAAGGGUACUGGUGGCACUUUAAAGACCAGGAGGAGAGAGAAAGGGUAAAGCCUAAAUCUAAGCGGAAAGAGGAGCCGAGUUCUUUGUUCCAAAGGCAGAGAGUUGACACACUGCUACUGGAUCUGCGCAAUAAAUUUCCCCCAACUUUCUAUCAGCCCAAACCAGGAGAGAAGCCUGUCCCAGUGGAGGUAAAGAAAGAACCAGAAGUGCCGGUUGAGACAGUGAAGCCUCCAGAAGAGCGAGAGAUGAAACCUGCAGCCCCUCCUGGCCCACCUCGGCCAGCUCCACAAUCUACACCCAACAAACCACCUCCUGAGAAGCGUGCACGCCUGCAGUGACACACAUGCUGGACAGCCACAAACAACUUUGAUGUUGCAGGACUUCUGUGGAUAUUUCUGUGCACCAGCUAACCAAGGGUUGGCUGUUACGGUUAUUGUAUAUAAAUGCAGUUUCUUCAUAAUUUAAUAGUUUUUGUAAUAAGGGAGCUGAAAUGUCUCUGUAUUUCAUCUUAAUGUCAUUUUCUAUGUUUCAGUGUUGCUUUAUUGUAGUAUUAUGCCAUUCCAUCACAGUAAAAAUACACUGUUUUUCAAAA